AUGAAGCACGUAUCCAUGCUGACACAUCUCGAUGGCCCUCAAACUUGGGAUUGGGCCGAAUGGGAUUUGGUUUUGGCCGUUGGGCUGUUCACUCUUGUGUUAGUGAUUGUCCUGCACGAUUCAUCCCUUUUCAACAAAGACCCUUUUGCGCACAUUUGGUAUGAAUAUCCUCAAGGCGAAAAGCAAGCGCAAAACGAAGCAGAGACUAAUAUUGCAACGGCCUUGAAUGUUCAGGGGAAGGAUAUAGUUAUCUUCUAUGGCACACAAUCGGGAACAUCGUACGAACUUGCAAAGCUUCUGGGCCGGAACAUAUCUCAGCGAUUCUCCAAGCCUGUCCUGGUCGCAGACCUUUCUGAUUACGACUGCAACUCUUUAGCUGAGAUUCCUGCAACAAAGGCUGCUCUGUUUAUUUUGUCGACCUACGGCGAAGGCGACCCUCCAGACAAUGCGAUCAAAUAUGACGAGUGGCUGCAAGGUCUUGCCGGAAAGAGCUGCCUGGUGAAUUUGCGUUUUGCUAUACUGGGCCUGGGGAACAGCAAUUACAAACAUUACAAUCGAUUUGCCAUCAAAGCACAUAAUGCACUUCAGAACGCCGGAGCUGUGCCGGUGCUUGACUUGUUUCUAGCGGACGAUGCACAAGGAUUGACUCAAGAAGGGUUUAUAUCUUGGAAAAUAAACCUUUUCGGGAAGUUUGUUCAGGAGCUUGGGAUCGUUGAGCGUCCAAAGGCAUAUGAACCUGUCUUCAAGAUCGAGUCUAGUAGUGAUGUUCAGGGUGAAAAGGUAGUCAUGUACCGGCCAAUCGAUGUACAGAUCCAGUCCAAGUCAGGCAGCUCUAUGAUCUAUUCCGCUGCGGUUGCAUCUCUCUACAACAUUACACCAAAAGCAGCACGCACCACCCUUCAUGUUGAUGUUGAUAUCACCAAUGAACCGAAGCUCAAGUACAGCGUGGGAGAUCAUCUUGCAGUCUGGCCAGAGAAUCCUGCUCCCGAAAUCCGCCAUCUUAGCGAAAUACUGGGACUUAGCGAAGCUGAGAUACAUCGGCCGGUCACAAUUCGCAGUGAAGAUACCGAUACUCAAAUACUAUGGCCACAGCCAGUGACCUUACACGCGCUUUUUAAACAUCACCUGGAUAUUGUUGGCCUCGUGUCACGAGAUCUCAUUAUGGGCUUGAAGCAAUUUUCAGAUAACACGGCUGCCAAACAUGCCUUGGAUGAGAUGGCGCGUGAUUACAGGCGUAUGUGUACAACGCGCCGAAUGACUUUGGCUUCUGUACUACAGUCUACAAGCUCCGAUGUACCAUGGAAUGUUCCGCUUUCGUUCGUGCUGGAGAAUCUCCGACCUCUCAAGCCGCGAUACUAUUCAAUUGCGUCUACGCCAGCUGUCAACCCACGGAAGAUUUCUUUCACAGUCGCGGUGAAGCACAUCGACUUGAGCAGUGGUGAGAUACUGCGAGGAUUAGCAUCCAACUACUUCCUGGGGAUGCAGCAGCCGAGCGAAGCAAUUGCCACCGCGCAAGUCGGUCUAUGGUGCAGCGUGCAAAAGUCCAAGUUCAAGCCACCAGUGUCACCUUUGCAACCAAUGAUCAUGGUUGCCAAUGGUUCAGGCAUUGCACCCUUCCUAGGUUUUCUCCGCCAUCGCCUGCGAAGUUUUCAGCUUAGGGGGGAAGUGGGAAGAAUGAUGCUCUUUUACGGGUGCCAGAAUGAGGACAUGCACUUGUACAAGAGCGAUAUUGAAGAUAUCCAGGCAGUCUUUGGUGGCCAACUGCAAGUCAUCGUGGCUUACUCCAGGACUGGAGGCGGGUACGUACAAAAUCAGAUUAGGGCUCUGAAUGCGCCAACCACAGAGUUGCUUUACAACGCCAAGGCGAAUGUGUACAUUUGCGGAUCCACUGCGAUGGCUCGAAAAGUCCGGGAGGAGCUUCUGGCAAUGAUUCGAAGCCAUGAAGGAUUAACAGAACAACAGGCCCAGCAGUUUGAGGCAACACAACUCAGAAUGAAGAAGUGGCAGUUGGAUGUAUGGGGUUAG